AUGGCGGCGCCCGGUGGUCGACAGUGGGGUGUAACUCCCCCAAUUUCGACCGCCCUUCCCACACAGGAUGAGUUGGCUGCGAACGACGAUCUCAUUGCUGAGCUCAAGGCGCAGAACAACUUCGAGCCGCCUUCGGACUCCGAGCGGAGAAUCCAAAUGCUCCAAUUACUCCAACGGGUCGCCCUGGAAUUCGUCAAGACUGUUUCUCGGAACAAGGGCCUAACACCCGCGGCCGUGGAAGCUUCCGGAGGCAAGAUCUUUACGUUCGGCGGUUACCGACUUGGUGUUUAUGGUCCUGGAUCCGAUAUCGACACACUGAUAGUAGGCCCGAAGCAUGUCUCCGGCGAGGACUUCUUCGCUGACUUCCCCCUCUCUUACAACAAAUGGCACCUGAAGAAGAUGACUCCUGUUCCCGAUGCUUUUGUCCCUAUUAUCAAAUUGGAGCUUUCUGGUAUUAGCAUUGAUCUGCUCUUUGCUCGUCUGGUUAUUCCCUCUGUGCCUAUGAACCUCGACCUAAAGAACAAUGAUUACCUGCGAGGACUGGAUGAAAAGGAAGUCCGAUCGCUGAACGGAACCCGUGUUGCAGACGAAAUUCUGGAGCUUGUUCCCCAGCAGAAGACCUUCCGCAUUGCCUUGCGCGCAAUCAAGCUGUGGGCCCAGCGGCGAGCCAUCUACGCUAAUAUUGUCGGGUUCCCUGGAGGUAUUGCUUGGGCGAUGCUGGUAGCAAGAGUCUGCCAACUAUACCCAGCCGCCUCUGGGUCGGUCAUUGUGGGCAAGUUCUUCAGGAUUAUGAACAAAUGGGCAUGGCCUCAGCCUGUUCUCUUGAAACAGAUUGAAGAAGGUCCUCUCCAGAUGAAAGUCUGGAAUCCUAAGAUUUACCACGGCGAUAAAUUCCAUCUGAUGCCCAUCAUCACUCCUGCCUAUCCCUCCAUGUGUGCAACUCACAAUAUCUCUAUGUCCACGAAGACUGUGAUUCUCCGAGAACUUCAAAGAGGAGGAGAUGUCGUGGAUAAGAUCUUCACGAAGCAACUUUCCUGGAGUGACCUCUUCACCCGCCAUACCUUCUUCACUCAAGAUUACAAGUACUAUCUUAGUAUCACGGCCUCGAGCAAGACGAAAGAAGAUGAAGCGGUUUGGUCCGGUCUUGUAGAAUCAAAAUUGCGCCAUCUUGUUGGGGCUCUUGACCGCAAGACGAUCAUUGCAGUGGCUCAUCCGUUCCCCAAGGGAUUCGAAAGAACCCAUGUCAUCACGAAUGCUGAAGAGAUGGAGGCGGUAAAGAACGGAUCAACUAAGUACCAGGCUAAGGGUACCACGACGGAGACAACCGACGAGACGAAGGAUCCGGCUCACGAAGCUGCAGCACAAAAUGGAAUGGAGAAUGCAACUGUCGCGUCACCCACAGAGCACCCUGAGCAACCUGACCAAAAGCUCGAGGGCGAGAGUCACACGGUGUACACCACCACCUACUAUAUUGGUUUGGAGUUGAAGGCACUGGAGCCAGGCACUUCGCGUUCUUUGGAUAUCUCCACAGAUUCGAAAAUCUUCAAGUCAACCUGCACAUCCUGGGCGGGCUAUAUUCCUGGGAUUCACGAUCUGGCUGUCACCCAUGUUCGCAGCUUCGACCUGCCCGAUGAUGUUUUCCAACCCGGCGAAGCCCGGCCAUCCCGACCAAAGAAGAAGGUGAUCAAGAGGACUGAAUCAACCGGCCAGAAACGGAGACUCGGGGAGAUGCACGAUUCUUCGCUGGAUGCCUCCCAAGGAGCAGCUAAGCGCCAGGUCACACCCAACACGAUGGCCAACACUGCGACACCUGCUUAG